AGACCAGUCUGGAUCCUCCUCCCUCCUCCUACUGCUGCUGCUUUACUUCACGUUAAAACAUAAAACCUCUUCAUGCACAGUUCACUCCCUCAUCUCCAGCCUCCAUCAGAGCUUUAACUUCUCUUUCCUGUGUGAUUCAUCCUGCAAACUGUGAGUUCACUCUUUUCCACUCGGCAUAUGUGCACAUUAUGACACUUUGCGGACUUUGACACACGUCUGUAAGGAGCUUCUCUCUUUAAAUCGUGCAGGAUUUCUUAUUCGAUAAAGUAGUCGAUUAAAGCAGCUGUUUUUCGGCUCCUAUGAGUUCACUUGAAUACAUUCAGGAUUGUGAAGUUUGAAUGGAGGAUUUCCAGAUGUGGAAAAUCUCCGUAAUUUCUCUGCUCUGAGUCACAGCAGACAGUGAAAGACGCGAAAACAGGGAACAAAACAGUCUGCUCUGAAUGGAAACUCAGCCUUUCUCUGCUUAUUUUCGGGGAAACUCACUGUUAUGACCCGCUUUUAUUCUGUAAGUGAAGUGCAGCGGCAGGCUAAAACCUGCCAAAGAAGUACAGGAAGUUGUAAUUUGGAUGUUAUGUAAUAGGCUUUGUGGGGGAAAAAAAAAGAAAAGAGUUGUGCAAAAUGUGUCACCAAAUUCAAAAAAAGCCAAAAUUAAGCUUUUAUAUGUACAAUUUUCACAUCUAUUUAUUUGAUUUUGCAAACACACUUAAGUUAACAGUUCUUUGUGUGAUCAGCAGGAAGAAGAGAAACAGAGAUGAGACAAAGUUUGUUAUUAGAGAUCUUCUUCUCACUUCAUAGAUCUGCAGCAUCAUGGACCAUAUGUCACACCCCUUUUGUGGAGAGUGCAUGGCGCCACAGACAGGAAACCUCCAUCAAUCUUAAGUGUUCUGAACAUUUUGUCCAUGAUGCUGCAUUUAUUGAUCAGUCUGUUACAGGAAGAGGUCUGCAGUUGUUUUUACUCAGCAGCAUGAAAUGUGACACUAGUUAAACACAGCUGAAUAAACUCCACAACAACCCAGGACUCCUUACAGUGAUCAUAACAAUGUUGAAUUUUCUGCUUUAUUUAGGGCUGGAUUUAAUGCUAGAUUUUUAUUUCCCUGGAUUCAUGUCAGUUGUCUUCUUUUAACAAAUCUCUUACAAACAGUUGUAUGAAGCAUAGCAGCAAAGUAAUUGUUCAGAUAUGCCUACAUCCUCUCAAUGCCACCCUGGAUAUUGUACUGUAUGACACAUCAAUAUUCAGUAAGGCCCGGACUAGUCAUUGCUCUUUGUAUGCUUAAGUUAACCAGCUCGUAUUGUCCACUCAAAGACUAAAUCACUGGCAUGUUUAUAAGGCUGUGGUGAACUUGCGUCCCAAUUACUGAGAUCAUUUUGAAAGAGCUGAAGAAGACUCAGCGCUAGACUUGUUUUUGUUAACCGCCCUCCAAGUGCAACUUUCAGUGGGUAGAUAGAGUUUAAGAUCCACUCCUGCUGCAGGAGGACUUCGGUCUGAUGGAGUCGGUCUCUCAAACUCUUAUUGUAAGUGUAUCCAAGUCUCUGGAGGAAGAUGCAUCAGGUUUUAGAUGGUACGACUUUAUCUUUUCACGAUAUGACUCAGGAUGUGCUGACCUACGUUUGUAAUUAUGCUCGAGGCUUUUCCUGGAGUAAAGCAUAUCGAAUUGAUGAUCAGCUUGCAUUAACAAGUGUAGGGUGUAGUUUCUGUUUAGUAUCACAAAGUGAAAUAUGGAUUUUAAGAUAAAGGGUAGUGAGGAAGUUCACAGUACACAUCUUGUGUCAUCGGCCGACGGCUGCCUCACUGCAGCAAUAAUCCUGCUGCUGCUACAGUGACUUGUAAUCUGUGUUGUAAUCUUGUGUAAUCUUUGAAAGCAUAAUCCUCCUAACCUUCAAAUUCUGAGGUUUUCUGUUAUUUUUUUAUCGAGCGAAUAAUGCUGAAUAGUAACACAGUUGUUGAAAAGACCUGCAGAGGGGAUUGUGCACGUAUACUACAGGGCUACUGAUUCUUAUUUUCUCUCCAUAUCAGCAAUAAACUCAUAAAAUAUGUGCACUAAAACACUAGGUUAGGUGUGUUGUGUGGUCUUGGCUCAGAAAAGCAUAUUACUGAUUAAAUAUUUGCUGAUAGUGGUUCAAAGGGCAUCAAUCUGGCUUCAGUUGAACACUUGCACUUUAUAUCAGACAACGUUAUGGCCUUUAUCUGAUUCCCUCACAGAGAGCAAGUGUGCAAGACGUCUUAUAUUUAGCAAAUUAAAUUCAGUGUCUCUCAUUUGACACUUGCUUUUUCAGGGUUUUGAAGCACAUUUUUCAUACUCAUUGGUAUGAGAAUUUGUUUUACUUUUUCAUGACGCAUUGAAAAUAUUCUUAGCAAUUACCUUAUGAAACCCCACGUACACCUGCCUGUGACGUACUUUCUAGGGCGUUAGCAGUGCAAUGCUGCAAAUGAAUGUUAUUAUUACAGCUAUACAAACGGGUUUGUCUAGUUUGGACUGGAGCCCAGUUAUGGUGAGAAGAAGCAUCCUUUCACAAAACCACAUGUAUUUAAAGGUACUGUGGGUUUGUCUCUCAGCUUUUUCCCACAGCUCAACCAAAACAUCAUGUCCAGGAAAUGCAAGAUGAUUAUAAAAAAACGCCUCACAUUAUUAUGUAACAUUUGUUGGUUGCUGCAUCUGUCUUGCUCUGUGUCUUCAGGUUGGAUUUACUCUUUUUUUGUAACUAAGUUUUGCAAGUCAAAAGUAUUUAAAUCCCUCUGUCUCCCCCCUCUCUCUCUGGCUUUCUGCAUCUCUCUAUUUUUUUGUUUCCAUCCAUCCAGAGUCAGCAUGGUUUCCCAUCGGGAGUUUGCGAAUGCAGGAAAGAAGCCUGGCCUGCAGGUGUGGCGUAUUGAGAACAUGGACCUGAAGCCAGUCCCUGAAGCCCUGUAUGGCAACUUCUACAUUGGAGAUGCCUACCUGCUGCUCUUCACCACUGCAGCCCCCUCAUACAGCAUACACAUGUGGCUGGGUAAGAAAUGAAAAUACACAUGAAACCCUUCUGUGGGACUCUGUACAGUCAGUGUGGCUACUUUUUCCUUUUUUUACGCAAACCUCUGGUUAGGAUCGUACUGUUCCCAAAACUGGGACAGCCCUCUAGAACAUUUUUACUGCACAGUUAGAAACCCAUUUGAAAACAACGUGUUCCAGCAAAGUUAUUACUUGUUUUAAUUACUCAUUCAUUUAUUUAUCCAUCUAUUCAACCAUUCAUUAAGUUUUAUGUCCUAUUUCUUAUUUUAAAAGACAUUUUGACAAAAUUAAUGUUAGUGCUUUUUUUCUUUGGUGACCUGUGCCCUCAGUGCCUGUGAACCUCUAGAUCUUGAGUUAAUAAAAAAGAGGAGAAGUUUCAGUGUUCCCAUUCAGGUAAUUAGGGAGCUGUGUCUGAUAGUAAUGUGAGAAAUGUACUAUAUAUAUGCUACAGUACAUUAAAUUACAUGACAAAACCUUGUGUUACAUAAUCCAAUUUUAGGUUGUAUUAUGUUAUGUAAGGUUACAUUACAUUAUGUAAGAUAUGUACGAAAUAAAACUAAUGUGACUCAAUACCACACAAAUGAUUCAAUAUACCAUACUAUGUGACAAUAUGAAACAUGAUACCAAACAAUAUAAUCGAAAGGUUAUGAGACAGACUGAGAGUAUGGUUGAAAUAGAUUUAUACCAUGAAAAUAAGAGGUUUAAAGUGAUACAACAACAUACUGUACUGUACCAUAAAAUAUGAUGUACAGAUGAUUCUGGAGGGAUGUGGACUCUGAUGCUACGUACAAUCUAUUGUCUGAGCAGUAGCAUCAAUAACUACAAAAAAUGUUUUUGCAGUGUACAAGAUCAAUAACUUUCUCUUUAUCACUUGAUAAGUUUGAACCUCCCAAUAUAUAAUGUGGCUCAGUUGAUAGUCACUCGUCUGUCGACUGAAAGGUGACAGUUUGUUCCCAUCUCCUGCAGUCAUAUGCCGAAGUGUCCUUGGGUAAGACACUGAACCUUAUGCUGCUCCUGCUGACAGUCUGCUGUGUGUGACUGCAUACAAUUCGAUUAGCUACUAAGACAUCCUGUGUCCUCAGAUUUUGAAUGUGGGGUGAAGGUAACAAGUAGGGUAUACGCUGCUUACGUAAAAGGAAUAUAUCUAUUUACCAUUAUGCUUCGUCAUUUUAUUGCAUAACACCGCAAUGAUGGUAUUUACGACCAUGGCAAACCAGAUGAAACUGUUCUCAGGGCGUUUCCUCUGUUGCAUGUGUCCCUGAAUCAUUGGCCUCAAAAAGUCACACCUGGUUGUGAAAUUCCUCUCCUCCACACGUCUCUGUCUCAGUGCUGUCUUAUUUACAUCUGAGUCUAAACAAAGACACAGCUUUUACCACUUUAAAUUUUGUUCCCGUUUUGUUUCCAAACUUUCAGUUAUGUAACAACAACAGGACCCUUGAAGAAACCACCACAUGACUCACAUCUGGAAAAUCCCUUUGGGCCAGAGACAGGCAGCGUCAUGUAGUUUUGUAGUUUUGCCAGUCUUCUUCUUAUGUUGGCAGAGAGACUGCUUUUUGGGUUACAAUAUCCUCUGAAACCCCGAACAACAUGCUGCAGUAGGAACAGCCUGAAUGCACAGUCAGUCCCUCUGUAUGGGAUCAAUGUUACUCCUGCACAGUUAUGAAAGUUAAUCCAUGUUGUGUGCCAUCAGUUGGUAAUAACAGGAUACAAAGCUCCUCUGCUGCAGAUGUGGUGAAAUGAUUCAAACCCACCAGUCAUUACUCAGAGGUCACAUCAGGUCACUGCAGAAACUUCAGAUCUGCAGUUUGCCCUGCUAACAUCGUAACUUUGUACUUUGUGAGAGAAACUUGAUCCUUAAGCAUUUAUGAGCGUCAGAAAUACUUAAAAGUGUCUCCUCUCUGCAGGGAAUGAGUGUUCACAGGAUGAGGGUGGAGCUGCAGCCAUCUUUGCCUCACAGCUGGAUGACUUCCUGGGUGGGGGUCCUGUGCAGUUCAGAGAGGUGCAGAACUAUGAGUCAAACACCUUUCUGGGGUACUUCAGGUCAGGCAUCAAGUACAAGGUGAGUUGAUCGCUAUCUACAGGCUGUACUUUUUAGCCAUAGUUCAUAAAGAUACCUGUCAGUCAAUCAAUAGCCUAUAAGAAAGAACUUAAACUGGUGGAUAACCAUAAAACAGAAAUUCAUGGUCACCGGAUGAUGUAACUUAAUUAUUGUCAACCCCUGACUUUGAACCUAGCACCAGGAAGAGGUUCAUAUUUGUGGCUUUGCAAUACGAUGUCCUAUAAACUGGCUGGUGUGCCCUAACUUUCCUUCAGGGUUUAAACUUCUGUCAUCACAUAACUCAAACACAGGGCCAUCAUAUUAAUGCAGAUCUUUGAUUUGUGUAAUAUUUGGUAAAACAAAUCAAAGGUCUGUUGCUGCAAAUUAGUUUUAAUAAAUAUUAGCAUGCUAAAUGUAAGAGGGUAUACCACGUCAAUGAAGAUCAUUUUAGCAUACUAACAUGCUAAACUAGGAUGGAUAAUAUGGAAAAUAUUCUAGCUAAACAUUUUUGUUUUAGCAAUGUUUUGUUUGAGUAUGUUAAUAUGUUAUCAUUUAGCUAACAGACUUGUACCUUCUUCAUGAAGCUGUAAGUAUAAUUUAAGAGUUCCCAUAAGGAGCCUUUUGUCUGAGCAUCAGCGCCCCCUUUGGACAAAAUAUAAACCUUUGAUAUCGUUGCUGAUUUUGUCUCAAGAGUUUAAAAGUAUCAAGAGUUACGGUAAAAAUGUUCAGUCUCAUUUGCUUCUGUACACCAUAGUAUAGUGUAGAAGUCUUGUUAUUAUAAAAGUGCAUUAGAGUUUUACAUCUUUAAGCCCCAAACAUUCAAAUGACACAGUGCAAAGAGGGAAAAUCACAUCAGAACAAGAGUCUCAUAUCUCACAAAUAUGCAGCAUGUGACGUGAGCUUAAGUUUACACUGCUGUGUGUUAAGAGUUAGCAAAAAAGAAGGUUUGGGUUAUUUGAUUAAUGAAUCAAUGAAUCGUUGAGCUUUGGAGCACUGACCCUUUUAUUGAAUGUGUUUUCAGGCUUCAUUUCAAAGAUAUACUCUAUAAAAUAUUUAUAGUUACAGCAAUAACAAGGCUUAUGAACACACACACACACACAUACACACACACACACAUACACACAAAAACAAAUGGAGCAACAAUCUGUGUCAGAAGUUUCUUUGAACCCUAAAUAUCUCGGAGUUUAAUGAUUGCCAGCAACCAGUGAACUUUGUGAAGUGUGUGGUGGGGCUAAUGAGUCUGAAGUUCAGGGGGAGAACAACAUUACCCACCACACUCAGGGCGUGUCUGUGACUGCCUGGAACCCAGGCGAGCACGUCUGAUCAGUGAGGGACAUUUCAAAAAGACACACACCAGACAGCUUUUUCUUUUUUUCUUCACCAGUUUGUCUGUUUCUCAUUUCUCAACUCCCAUCUGGCUUUAGUUUGCUGUAAUUAUUCCACUUUUUUUUUUGUUACUGCUCUUUCAAAGCUUGAAGAUGGAAACUGUGCUCUGUUCACACAUACAAACACAAAUACACAUUUCUACACAAUGUUCUUUAAGUAAAAAGGAAGAGAGGCAGAACUUUACCAGAUUAUCUUUGUUUUUUGUUUUUUUGGUGAUACACUCCUGCCAGUAGAAUAAACAGCGCAUGCAUUGUUGCUUUGGAAAAUUUUACUGCCUCUGCCAUUAGAAAGCCACAAACAGCCUAAUGUGGUUUGCAUUUUUGAGCCCAAAUCAAAUCUGCUUCUCCAGAUCCUAACCAGACUUUGUGCCUUUGUGGCUGAAUGUUUAGAGGACGUCUAAAGAAGAAGGAGGUCCCUCUUAGUUUGUGUGUACAUGAAGCAACAAGAUAUGAUCCCAGCUUCAGCUUCAGUAUGUCUGAAAGCCCACCAGUUUUUAUCCAUCAAGGCAGUCACUUUGUUUUUCCUCUUCUAGCAGAGAGUACAUCUGUUUCUCAUUUGGUGUGCUGAAUUUGCAUGUCUUGUAAAUACCUGUUUUGUUUACUGGCUUCACCAAGGACGGCACGCUAAGAGAAAAACUGACCCCGAAGGUACAAAACUGUCGUACAGGACAGACUGAUCCUCCUUUCUAGAGGCAGGCAUCAUGUUAGUUUCAUUUUCCCUACACAAGUUUCCCCGUUGUGAUUUGCGUAAAUGUUCAUCCCAUGAUAUUGCAGAGAAAUUAACAGCCUUUCAUACUUUGAGGUUUUUCACUCGUGUGUAAAACUCAUUUCACCCUUAUGCUGUUGUUAACAUUGAGCUCUGUGUGUCAUUAUCUUUUCCCCUCUACCUCAGUCAUCUCAGUGGUGCAUUUGUUACAAAUGCUUAGCUCGGAUGUAUUGGUUAUGUAAUGCACAUAAUGUACCAAGUUGCUCUCUUUUUUUUUCUCAGCUCAUUCAUAGGUCUACAUAUAAAAUUUGCACUGAGAGCCAAGUUAAGUCUUGCCUGUGAAUAUCUUCUUGAUUUUUUACAGAAAGGGGGCGUGGCCUCUGGUUUUACGCAUGUGGUUACCAACGAUAUGUCAGCGAAGCGCCUGCUGCAUGUCAAGGGUCGGCGGUCCAUCAGAGCCAUAGAGGUGGACAUGACCUGGAGAAGCUUCAACAAAGGAGACUGCUUCAUUGUUGACCUGGGCAAGGUCAGCAGCAUUCAUCUGUGUCUGUUAUAGUGGGGAGGGGGGGCAUAACUUGUGCGCAAUACUCUGAUUCAUUUGCAAAGCAAGAAUUAAAAAGUAAUUUUUCAUUUUAAGACUUUAAGAUAACUCAACAGAGCAGUAAAAAACACCUUCCAUGCUUAAAAAGUCAAUCAGGAAAUGUUUCUCUAGAGCAGUGGUUCUCAAGUCCAGUCCUCGAGCCCCCCCGUCCUGCAUGUUUUGGAUGUUUCCCUGCUCCAACACACCUGAUUCAAAUAAUCAGCUCAUUAUCAAGCUCUGUAAUGGCUUAUGUAGUGAUUUGAAAUGAGCCUCACACGGUCGCACCAAAAUAUAUGUAGCGAUUUGAAAUGAGCCUCACAAGGCCGCACCAAAAUAAUACUGCAGCGAUUGGAAUUUAUAAUAAAUGUCUGAAGAUUAAUAAUCUCAAAUUAUGACAUUUAUGCACUCGUUAAAAGGGGCACCACCCACCCUUAAUGGUGGGAAAAUAAAGAAAACAAAAGUUUAAUUCAGAAAUCAAACAUCAAGUCAGUUUUAAUUAAUCAGUCUUAAUUAAUCAGUCUCAUAUCUUAAGUCGAAAUUCUAAUUUCAGGGACUCCACUUCUGGAAGAACACUAACAGACAGGAACUUAGAAAAAUAAUGAUCUGUUUAUUACAGGAUAAAUGAUGGUACAACACACAUGCAAUAAAUGAUGAUAAGAUAAUGAAGAUAAAUAAUAAUAGGUGAAUAAAUAAAGAUUCUGAGUCAGGCUAAGAGCACUAAAGUUAAUGAUAGUGAGUGAAUAUGCGCUAACAUAUUAACCUACACUAACUUUGGUGUCGAGAUAAACUCGGAUGUGGAUUUGGAGGAAUCUAAGAUCACCAGAAAUAGGUGGAUAUCUAAGUUAUGAACGCAUGAGACAGCAUCAGCCCUCUUUAGAGCUCUGGAGGUUUGCAUACUUAAGUGAGACUGGUCCUUGGAGAAGAUGGAGCAGGUUCCGAAGGUCCGGGGCUACUGGCGGUUCGAGCGGUUCAGCUCAGAAGACGACUGAAGUCAGCCGAAGGAUGAGCCAGGAGUUGCAGCACUCGGGCCCAAAGUAAAGCCAGCGCCUGUGGAUCCUGUGGAUGCUCGUUUGGGUACUUCUUUGGUCUCACUCAAAAACUCUGGCACAGAGGAUGACCUGGGCCUACUGGGUUGCGUUCAGAGGUGACUUUGAGAUCACGCAGAAAACUCAGAAAAACGAGACUCGAGCAGAGAAAACUUUCAAAAAUGGCUUUGCAAAAUUAAAGAAAAAUCAAUCAAAGGCUUAAUCUUGAAUUGCUAUGCGCACAAAAAGUUGAAGUUUCAAAACUUGAACUAAGACGAUGUUAAAGAAAAAUCAACGUGAAUCAACACGUGGCGUAAAACUUAGAAGACUAAGAAAAAGUUCUAAGAGAAAACAAAGAAGAAGAGGACCACAGAAGGGUGUGGACAGAAGAGAAGGGGCAUAAGAGCCGGGGACAAGAGAGUCAGCAGAAGAGCAGAAGCAUAAGAGAGUAAGAGCAUAAGAGAUGGACAAGAGAGUGAGCAACCCCACUUCACUGGUUUUAUCUUCUCACACUGGGUGUGUCUCCGGCGUGUGGGUGUGAGGAGACAGAGGAGGGGUCGUGUGGUCUUUGAUUAUUUGAUCUAACUUAUUCUUUUGGCUGGCAAAAGAGUCAGAUCUGAUACUCACUCACUAUGAUUAAUAUCAUUGAAUGUUUGGUUUCAUGAUAAAUAAUUUGAUACUAAACACAUAUGAAUGAAGUGUAGGAUCACAUCAAACAUUCUCAUUAUGUUUUAAGUAUCACAUUGAACAUGCUAAAUUACUCUGAAAUGAAACAGAUAGUAACACAUGGAAACUGUGAACAACAAAAGAGUAAAUACAUGUGAAUGAACGUCAUCAUGAUUAAUAAUGGAUUCUACAUACUCACAUUCAGGUUAUUCAAUGACAUUAUAACCACCUAAUGGUUAAAAAUACUAAAUAAACGAUUAAAAUAUAGAACAAACAUUUCUAAACCAUUUCUGUUAAUUAGAGCUAAGUUAUGAGUCACAAUCAAUAAAUUUAACUCUUAAAAGUUCAUGAAACAGUCUGAAAAGCUGUUGGUCUAAAGAUAUCCGGAGUGAUAAUUUGGCUUCUGAAGCACAUAGAAAAACGGGAAACAUCUCAUUUUAACACAAAUUUCAUGAUUAGACAGAUUAGUACAUUGCUGAAUGCAUAAGAUGUCAGGAUCAGUCAUUUGUAUUCUUUCACCAAAGGAAUGCAGUCUUUAUCAGUGUAUGGUCGAGCAGGGUUUUACGACCGAGGUCUGGAGGUCAGUGUCCCCCCUUUUCCUAGGGUCCGUAUGUUCACACACUUUAAGACACUAAAUCUCAAAUGGGAGAUCUGGGUUGAGACGUUAAUGUUUAUUUAGAUGGUCAGCAAAUGGAGUCAGUUUGAAAGGUAAUAAAACUCUGUCUCUGUUCUCCGAAUUGACCAAUCGUGAAGAGUCGGAGGUUUAGUCAACCUCCGGUUGGGUCACUUAUUUAACCUGAAAGUGUAAACGAGUCUGGAAAGAUUUAUAUCCUGUUUCCUGGGACCAGAUAAGGAACUUUCCUGUGAGGAAUGUGUGGGUUUCACAUCCAGGGUUGUCUUGAUUGCUACACUUAAUAACGAGCUAAUCAUUUGAAUCAGGUGUGUUGGAGCAGGGAAACAUCCAGUCACAGUUAAAAUAUUGUCAACUUAAAUGCUUUGUUACAAGGUCACAAAAGCUACUAGCAGCCCACUAACAUACCAGGGGUAUCAACCCAAUUUUCUGUCUCCCUCCUUCUCUCCUCCAGGAUGUGUACCAGUGGUGUGGUUCUGAAUGCAACCGUUAUGAGAGGUUAAAGGCUGCUGAGGUCACCAUUGACAUCAGGGAUAAUGAGAGAAAUGGCCGAGCUAAGCUGCAUAUAGUGGAAGAGGGGGAGGAACCAGAAGCAGUCAUCGAGGUGACACACGCACACACACACGCACGCAUGCACGCACGCACGCACGCACACAAGCAUGUUUGAUUUUCUCCUGGUGAACCUCAGCCACAGAAUGGAGUUCUAACCCUAGUAGAAAUUGCCCUUCUAUGGAGAUUUUGAUGCAUUUCACAGUCGCUGAGUUAGUCAGCGUGGGAACGGGUGGACACAAUGAAGUCCUUUGUGAUGAUCUGCUCAUGUGCCAACUGUUUGCCAAGGCGGCAUUGUAAACACUUCCUUUACAACAUGCGAGGAGGGUAAACUCCAGAGAGGCCUGGUUGGCUUGGGAAGGGGGUCCGAGAUUUUAAUUUACAAACUGAUUUAACAAGAGUCCAGUCUGAGAAAAGCUUAAGAUCUAAAAAUAAAACAGUUCAAAUUGUUUGGUAUUUAUUUGUGUUUGAUGUCUCAUUUAUUAUUUAGAGUACAUUUUAUGGUAAUGACGAAGUAAGGAGCACCCUAACUCAUACAUUUUGUUCUUCAGGCUCUGGGGCCCAAACCUGAAAUUGCCCCGGCUUCUCAGGAUGACGACAGGGUGGAUACCUCCAACAGGAAGAAGAGUGUCCUCUACAUGGUGAGUAGAAGAAUGAAUAAAUACACUUAGCAUGUCAUAUCCCGAUUAUUUCUGUUACUAAGGUUGUUAAAAUGUGUGGUGGUGUCAAAUUCGACUGCAAUAUUUUUGAAGCGUUCUUGUUUUUUAUCUCAUCAACCCAUUAUCAUAAUUAAAAGGGUCAAAAUCUUUCUAAAUUAUUACAAUAUAAAGCGCUCCAGUAUAGGAAGAACACCGCAGUGCUACUUUUGUGAAAAACAUGAUGCAAAAUCAAUAUACUUUAGGGACAUUCUUGCAGUAGUUUAAAGUAGGGGUUGUCAAUGACACUACAUAUAGCUGAUAUUUAAUACAAUGAGGCGGCGCUUCUGUGUCGUCAUUUUAAAGAAGGACUGUAAUUGGGUUUGUACAUCUGAAACCAAUGGGAAACAUAAUGACAGCACUUCCAGACCCACAUAUCAGCAACAUGACUGCAAGUUGACUGAUAGGUCAUUAGUAUUAGUAUUGUUUUACCCAUAUAUUUUCAGAUACAAUUUAAGGACCCCUAAUCAUAAAUUUUCACAACUUAGGUUUCUGUGAAGAACUGGUGUAAAUUUUGACGCCCCCUGUUGACAAAGCACAGUCCCCUUUUGCUGAUCUUGUUUUGUACACAAAGUUUUGUUUUUUGAUUAAAAGAAAUUUCAAUCUGCCGUCUUUUUACGUCCAUAUAUUUCUUUUGUUAUAAAUAUUUUUUUGGCAAAUGUAAAACAAUUAUGUUUGUCUUUAGCAGAAGCUACUCCCCAGCAACAGUUAAGCAUUAAAACCGAUAAAAGAAAAUUUCAGUAUUGCUUAUAAAGGCUUUCUCUGCUGCUGUUGUCAAUAAAAAAGCAAUAUUAGUUUUUGUCUAUGUCAUUACCAGAUAAUAAAAGACCUUUAAGCAAAACUCUGAGUCUCACAACAAACCUGGAAUGUUUGAAAGUGUAAAAGGACAAAACUAUGUAAACUAUAUGUACACUGAUUAAUAAGAAUGUUAAAGAUAAGCACAUAUGAAAAGAAGCAAAAUGAACAAAGAUAUGUGCAGGAUAUGGACAUCCUCACUUGAUAAUCCCCUUUUCAACGAGCUGGUAGUUGAUGUUGUCUCUUUGUUUCACAGAUCUCUGAUGCGUCUGGUACGAUGGAGGUGUCACUUGUGGCUGAGUCCAGUCCUUUCAAGCAGGCUAUGCUAGCCCUUGAGGAGUGCUACAUCUUGGACAAUGGAGCGGACAGGAACAUCUUUGUUUGGAAAGGUAACAAGAACACAAAUACUCAAUAUUCUUUAAAAAAUAAGAUGCAUUUUUUGAGAAGUUCGGCCUUCUAAACGUGUCAGGUCUGAUCUUGUUCUAACCAGGUCCCAAGGCUAAUAUGUCAGAGCGCAAAGCAGCCAUGUCAGCAGGUCAGAAGUUCAUCAAAGACAGGGGAUACUCCAAACAGACACAGGUAGAACCACAUGUCGUGUGGAAAAGCAGCAUAUUUUACCUGGACAGCUGGUUUUAUUACUGAAAUGUUCAUGAGACAAGGGAAAAUUAAACAGACCAAACCUCCCCCUUUCCUGUCCUCUUCAUAGAUCCAAGUCCUUCCUGGAGGAGCUGAGACAUCUUUGUUCAAGCAGUUCUUCAGUGACUGGAGGGACAAAGAUGAGACUACAGGUCCUAGUAAGGCUUACACUAUUGGCAGCAUAGCCAAAGUGGCCAAGGUGCCCUUUGAUGCCUCCACCCUGCACUCCAACAAGGCCAUGGCAGCACAGCAUGGCAUGGUGGAUGACGGAACAGGCAAAGUCCAGGUAUGAGGGCUACAGAAAGUUCUUUUAAAAGCAUUCAUACAGCUUCGUGUAGUCAUAUUCAUAAAGAAGUCCAAUCUGUGAUGUACAGCAAAAUGACUGUGAUUGGCUUUUAGAUAUGGCGCGUUGAGAAUGGCGACAAGGUGCCUGUAGAUCCAAGCACCCAUGGUCACUUCUACGGUGGAGACUGUUACCUGAUCCUCUACAGCUACGGACAGGGCGGCCGCGAGAAACACAUCAUCUACACCUGGUGAGUAAAAGAGAUCCAAGCAAACGUGCGUGCAGUGUAAUCUAUGUAAUCUCUAAAUUAAAAGCUGUAGCAGAGCAUGAACUCACUUUACCCCACCACAUUCAGCCAAAGACCACAUACAUACAUACAUAAGGCAGUGAAUAACACUUUCUGUUUAUGUGUGUGUGUUUUAUAUUAUAACAGGCAGGGGCUGAAGUGCACCCAGGAUGAGCUGGCAGCCUCAGCGUUCCUCACAGUGAAGCUUGAUGACUCAAUGGGAGGAUCCCCAGUCCAGGUUAGAGCUUGACAGAUGUCACUUCUAAUCCUUUAUGAAAAAGCCCUGAUUUGAUGGAAUAAGAUAUUAAUCUCUUGACAAUAAACAUAAAACUAGUAGAGGUUUUAAGAGUAUAAAAGAAAAGUUUCCUGUCUGCCACUUAAAGACAGAACUAUUGCACAAGCACUCUGAAUAUGAGACGAGGAUUGUGAAAGUUGAGAAACAAGUUACAGCCCGUUUUCAAAUUUGACUGGAAAAUUUCUCAAUCAAAUUCUAAGUUUACCUUCUUGAGAAAUUAAGUUUUUGCUGUUUUUUAGGUUGCUAUAAAUGUAAUUGCAGUGACUAAAAGAGACAAAAGAGCCUUGUGACUUCAUGAACUUUAAGUCCAUCACUGGAAAACAGUCAUUAGGGUUCAGCCUCUCAAAUCUACUUAAUCUAAUUAUUACAGAGGAUGAAGCACAGCUGACAAAAAACACUGACUGGAUGAAAUAUCAAACCUUUAACAACCAGCAGAGGCCAGUAAUACUGUUGUGUUCGUUUUGGUCUGGACUAAUUCUUGGAAUCAAGCUAACGCACAUCCAUACUGUACAGACCGCAUAGUGUUUCCUCUCAUAGAGGGCUGCAGCAUUACCCACACAAAUUAAACACAAUACCCGGUCAGCCUGUUAAAUAUAAAUACAAUCUACUGUAUUGUAAUCUCCUUUAAAACUAAAGCUUCAAGGUGCAGUGUGUAGAAUAUAGCAACAAGUCACAGAACAGAUUCUGUAAAAAUGGGACAUAAUAUCUAUAAGUUUGCUUGAAUUACUUCAUGAUAACCUGAAUAUAUAAAUUGACUUAAGUAUGUUAACUUAAAAACAAGCCUUUUAUAUUUACAUAGGGAGCGGGUCCGUGUCCAUGGAGGUGGCCAUCUUGCUUCUAUGUUUCUAAUGUUGCAUAAAACAAACAAACUUGUUUUUGCGUUCAGUGAGUUGCUGCGUGAAAUGCAACGGUUGAAGGAAAGAAAAACAAAGAAGUGGAGUUCUCUUCAAAAUAAUUAUAAUGGAAGUGGAAGAUCAUACUCAUCAUUCAUCGCAAGUGCUUUUUGGCCUCAAAGGCCACCAUCACUUCACCAACAGUCAUGGUUAUCAAGGCUGCAUUUCAAUCCAGAAUCUGCUUAAUAUCACCAAAUAUUGCCUUUUCUACACACUGUCACUUUAUUAAUGACCUCAUCUGCUGUAUUACUAAAGAGGAACUUUGGUAUUUAUCAACCUGCAUCCUAUUUUCGUUUGUGUCUGAUUGACUGAAGGGGAGAAUAAUUUCUAAAAUUGGUCCAGUGUGAAGAUAGAGUAGAGUAGAGCAGCCAGCAGCUGUGAAAUGAGCUAAAACAUAGUUUGACUGGGCAAUUGCAGAUCGUCAAACUGUGUCCACUACAAGUGCUUUAUUUUACCACUGACAGGCUCAGAUUGUAAGUACAAGUCCCGAGAACAGAACGGGAAGGGUUCCACUUACCUUUUGCUUGUGCCGAUCUGUGUAUAACCAAAUCUCAUUGGUCGAAAAUGGAGGACAUGUAAGUAAUUGACACAGGGAGAGUCAGAGAGCACCAGGACUGUAGCAGAGCUUGUUUUAAGUCUUGAAACAUGAGUGAAUAUUUGCCUGAUCUUGACAGUGUGGAUGAGGUCUUUGAAUAUGAAGGCAGACUGUAUUUGUUUGAGCCAGAGUAUACUGAUACAGAGUUCCGACAAGUUGAUAAGCAAGUCGCCUCCUUCUCCUUCAGCUGCCUUCAGUUUUUAAUCCUUCCUCUGCAGGUAAGAGUGACACAGGGCCAGGAACCUCCACACCUGAUGAGCCUGUUUCAGGGUAAACCCAUGAUCAUUCACAGGGGAGGGACAUCCCGCAAAGGUGGACAGUCUCAGUCAGGCAGCACCCGUCUCUUCCAUAUCAGGCAAAGCUCCAGCAGUGCAACUCGGGCUGUGGAGGUGGGUUUUCUAUAUGAGUCUCCAGGUCACAGUGUAUGUUUACAGAGAUUUCUUAUCUCUCACCUGCAUGCAUUUGUUUCCUCAGGUUGAGCCUGUAGCUCCUAGUCUAAACACCAACGAUGUGUUUGUGCUAAAAUCAACAAGUGGCAUGCAUUUGUGGAAAGGCAUGGGUGCCAGAGAAGAGGAGAUGCAGGCUUCCAAACACGUGGUGAGCUUCCUGGGGGGCAGUCCCACCCAGGUGUCAGAGGGCAAGGAGCCAGGUGGGUUUCCCAUGAAGGAAAUGAUUGAAACUUUGUCUUUGUCCGAGUUUUUUAUUUUAUUUUAUUAUCAUUUAAGUUAAAAAGAGAAAAUUUGGGGUCUUUUUCAACAAACCCCCUGACUAUGAUCAGGUGCAACCAAUUGUAAUUAAGUUUAUCAUUUUGAUGUCUGCUUUAACAAUGUACUUGCUUGUUAAUAGACAGUAAAAAGCCAAAGAAAGUCUUUAUGAUUUUUAGGUUGGUAGGUACAUAGUUAACUCACCUAUGAAAUAAGUUAAGAGGGUUUAAUGAAUGUUUUUAGCUUCACUUUUGGGGAGCUAUCAUGUUGUCUAUCAUUUUGUACAAUCAAUGGCCAAAAAUGAUCUGACCUGACAAAGACUGAGCUUCUCUGUAGUCCAGUCUGUCAUCCAUACUCAGUAAGUCUGCUCAAAAUCAGGGUGUCUUGCUCUGUGGUUUGUUUCUCUCCACUGGCUUCCAGUUGGCGUUAGCGUCGAAUUUAAAGUAGUUCUGCUUGCGCACUGUGUAAAAAUCUCAUCCAGGUCUAUAUGGUCCUUUUACCUUCUAUGCUCAGCCAACAAAAAGCACCUAGUACUCCCAUACCAGUGGGGCCGAAACACACCAGCCAGAUUUUUCUCUUUUUGCGGUAGGAUGAAUUAGAAAACUACUCCUGAUCCUCAUAGUUUCUGUUUGUCUUUGAGAAACGGCUACAGACCCAGCUCUCUCUGAAACACCCAUGCACUUGAGAGCAGCUCUUUUCCUCCGUGAUCCACAGCAGUAGAAAGAGUUAGACUACCUACUACAUUCAAAACCCACAAUCCCUUCCUAUAUUUAACUGAAUUUUGACCCAGUUUUUACAAACCACUCUGACUUACUAGUUUGGUGUUUUGGUGGUGAUGCUAAAAAAAGCUCCUGGCACAGCAUGUGUGUCUCAUUGGACUUGAAGCAGUUCAAAGCAGACUUAAUCAUGUUGUUUCCUCUCAUUUAGAUCCUUGCUUGUGUUGUGCUUACUCUCAGAUAGAUGUUGCUUUUUGAAAAAAGCAUCCACUAGAUGAAAUUAUGUUACAAUUGUAAAAAUAACCACACAAAAAAACACUGCCUGUUAUAGGUACCUGCCUUCAAAGACAAAAUACUUGAAACUGAUGUAUUUUUCCUCAUAUUUUUUUAACCUCACAGCUGACUUCUGGUCCGCUCUUGGGGGCAAGAAGAAUUAUCAGACCUCCAAGAGCCUGCAGUCCAUGAUAAAACCCCCACGCUUGUUUGGCUGCUCCAACAAAACUGGAAGACUGAUGGUAAGCCCCGAAAAGAUUCAGGUCUUUGAAACAUAAAUACAGUUAUGUUUUGCCUCUGUAACAUAUUGCUAUCUGCAGACUUAAGUUUGAUUUUUUUCUGGACUGUGUGUCAGGUUGAAGAAGUACCAGGAGACUUCACUCAGUCAGAUCUGGCCACUGAUGAUGUCAUGCUCCUGGAUACCUGGGACCAGGUAAUACAACCUCUUUGUCAUCAUAAUAAAAGCUUGUAGAAACAACUUCUAUGUGUUUUCUAUCUGGACAUCAGAGACUACAUUAAACUGCAAGACACAUUCACACAAAUAAAACUCUGGAUGUCUAGAGACUGUCUGAAUGACCGAGCGUGUUUCUUAUUCCUGUAGAUCUUCCUCUGGGUUGGAAAGGAUGCUAAUGCAGAGGAAAAGACUGGAGCACCCAAAAUAGGUUUGUAGCAAUAACCAUGAGAUGAAGUACACACACAAUACUCUCCAGCUUAUUGUUUUGUAACUUAUCACUACAUGGCCUCCUGUGGCCUCGAAGGGGGGCAUCAGGAAUGGUAGUCUUGGCAGGUCACUGAAGUUCAAUGGAUGACUUUUGGGUGACACCAACAUGGUUAAUAUUACUAUUAACCAGAGCAAAAGGGGGAAAAAGGCCUAAUGUUACUGCAGUAUGCUUGCACGUAGCAACAAAUAAGAAGAACAAAGAAAGAUGCAACAUCAAGAUGCACUUAGAUCAAUAUUUCUCCAUCAUGGGUUUGUGAAUCUUGAUAUCCAUAAAAAGGUGUUUCCAUUAUAGCCUCUUUUGGCCUUUUUUGUAGAAAUUCAGCCAUCUGCCUUUUAAGUUUGAACUGGCAACUGUGUUAAGAAUGAAAGCCAUAUUUGAACUGACUUAUUUAUGUAAUCUGACAAGCAUUAAACAGCAAAUAUAGUUAGAAAGGAACUAGUUAGUGAAUGCAGUAGAGCAUGGAACAGCCUGAGAGCCAGCUAUUACCUCCAGUGUCUUCUGAAUUCUGCACUUAGAUUUACUGAUUUAAAAAAGACAUAAUGAAGAUUUUAUUGUAGUAACCUGAUUUAUGAAAGAAAAAAGUUUUGUUUUUUAUUUAUAUUGUCUCACUUCUAGUCAAAUUUUUAUUUAUUUUUUGUACUACAGCUAAAGAUUACGUGGACUCAGACCCAUCUGGUCGCAGUGGAGUUCCCAUCACCACCAUCAAACAGGGAGCAGAGCCUCCGACUUUCAUGGGCUGGUUCCAGGCCUGGGAUCCCAAGAUGUGGGACAUGGAUCCAUUUGAGAGAAUCCGUGCCAGAUUCUAAACCCGAAACCUCCUCAGGCUCUUUCCUCUCAUUCUGAGACCUUACCUGCACUUCUUAAAGCGAUGUUUGUUUUAGCAUCAGUCCCCAAGUGCCAAAACCAAUGUUACCACUGAUAUCAGGUUAAAUUGUCGCCACUAUGCCUUGGUCACAUUGAAAUGAAGCAGACUACCAUAAGUAGGAAGGCAUAAUAAUAUAAGUCAGAUGACUUUUUCUAGUAACAUCAUCUUUGAUUGUUGAAAGUGGUUAAUUGAUCUGUUGCAUCCAUCAGCUUUGUCCCUCACAUAUUCGUUCUCGCUCUUAGUAUGGAUAGAAAAUAAGAAACCAUUUUAGACGGCAGAGGAAAUCCAGUUCAUGUCUGCACAUGCUUAGAAAGCUUCAGCAGCAUUCCUUACUCUUUUUUUCAUGAUAAACAUGUAAGUCAGAAACACCCAUUUACUGCAUUGUUUCCUGCUGUGUUUGAUUUACUCAUGGGUAUUUAAAGGUUUAAAAUAACCAGAAGUUGCAUGCUGCAUUUUGUUUUUAUCCUUUUCUGUGCUUGUAAUUUUUUAAAGGCAUACUUUUGUUUGUACACACAAAUGUUGUGUCAACCCAGAAAUGCUCUUAUGGGUGGCUUUUGAAAAAAUAAAACCCCAAAAUUUGAACCUGCAUUUUGAGUUUGAAUAUGUG